AGAGAGAGAGAGAGAGAGACUAGUGCGGCUGUGCAGCAGCUGCAGGGUCUGUCUGCCUUCACGCUGGGAACCGGAGCGUGCGCGCUGCGCUGUCCUUGUGCUCCGGGAAAGAGAGAGGCAGAAACAUGGGACACAUUUCAGGUCAGCAGCUGAUCCCGAUCCCGAUCCCGAUCCUCACGCACGCCUAGGAAAAACAGCCAGCACUGUACAGCUGAGAGGUCGGCCGUGGAGACAGAAUCCAAAACAUUCUGCGUGAACGGGACACCCCCUGCGGAUCCGCAGGCACGCUCCAGAGCGCGUUUGUGGCCUCCAGUUCCUGGAAGCUCCCAUGCUGUUUGCGGAGCUCUGCUGUCAUGGAAUCAGACAAGUGUCAGAGGAUGGACAGCAAGUUAACAGAAGAAGAGGGAAGGUGUGUGCUUGCUGAGAUGAUGGUCAGAGAGCAGGAGGGAGGAAACCUUGAGCAGGACCUGGCUCAUAAGGGGGGACCCUCCUGCUGAAGACCAGCUGGGCAGAGCAGGAAAAGAGAGAUCAGAAAAAGAGGAUGAAGAACAGAGAGAGGAGAGACACAGACAAAGUCCCGGUGAAGCCCUGAACGUUGGGACAGCAGGUUGGCCCAGGUCACGUUGAUGCCGGUGGCUGCUCCUUGGAACUCUAACCAUCAGAAGCUCUUUCACCGCUUUUACGCCCCUGGCCACCAUGGCUAUGAGCAGCGACUCCGGCUGUGACGGGUUGGAGCCCAACUCUUCCGUACAAACGAGGGGUCUCUCAGACAUUAUGGCUGCCAUGACCACAAAAGACUCUGAUGGAUCGAGUGCUAACGGUGUGAAGAACAGCAAAGUCCAGCCAGAUGGAGCUCAGGACAAGAGGGCGCACGUACCGCGGCCUCACCUUACUGGGAGGAAGCUGUCUCUUCAGGAGAGGGGAUCUUAUCCAGCAUCUGAUGGAGGGUUCACACAGACGUCCUCUCGUGCGACUCAUAGACCCACGGUGGAGUCUAAACGCGUAUCCAUAUCAGACUCUCAGGAUUGUGUCCAGUUGAACCAGUAUAAGCUGAAGAGUGAAAUUGGAAAGGGCUCCUACGGUGUGGUGAAGCUUGCCUACAAUGAAGAUGACGACAAACAUUAUGCCAUGAAGGUGUUAUCCAAGAAGAAGUUAAUGAAGCAGUGUGGUUUUCCACGUCGUCCGCCCCCAAGGGGUCCAAAGGCAGCCAAAGGAGAGCAGCCUAAAAUCUUAGGACCCCUGGAAAGAGUUUACCAAGAGAUCGCCAUACUUAAAAAGCUGGACCAUGUCAAUAUUGUCAAACUGGUAGAGGUUCUGGAUGAUCCAGCGGACAACAACCUCCACAUGGUGUUUGAGCUGAUGCGCAAGGGUCCAGUGAUGGAAGUGCCCACGGACGAUCCUUUUACUGAGGAGCAAGCACGCCUGCACUUCAGAGACGUGAUUCUGGGGAUCGAGUACUUGCAUUACCAGAAGAUCAUCCACCGAGACAUCAAGCCCUCGAACUUGUUGCUGGGUGACGACGGUCAUGUGAAGAUAGCUGACUUUGGAGUCAGCAACCAGUUUGAAGGCAACGAUGCUUUGCUGUCCAGCACUGCUGGCACGCCGGCUUUCAUGGCCCCCGAGACCUUGUCAGAGGCCCACAAGAGCUUCAGCGGGAAGGCGCUGGACGUAUGGGCGAUCGGAGUCACCCUCUACUGCUUCGUCUUCGGGAAGUGCCCAUUUAUCGACGACUACAUAUUGGCUUUGCACAAUAAGAUAAAGACCAGGCCUGUGGAUUUCCCCGAAACACCAACGAUCAGUGGAGAGCUGCAGACUCUGAUCUUGCGGAUGCUGGAUAAGAACCCGGACACCAGGAUCAACAUUCCUGAGAUCAAGAUGGACCCGUGGGUGACCCGGGGAGGCACUGACCCCUUGCCUCUGGAGGAGGAGCACUGCUCUGUGGUGGAGGUGACAGAAGAGGACAUCCAGAACUCGGUGAAGUUCGUCCCCAGCUUUUCGGCCGUGAUCUUGGUGAAAGCGAUGCUGAGGAAGCGUUCCUUCAGUAACCCCUUCGAGUGUCCAAGCAGGCGAGAGGAGAGGUCCAUGUCUGCGCCUGGCAGCCUGCUCAUGGACUCGUGGCCCUUCCGGCCCUCUCUAAAACGCCACCCCUCACGCAGAAAGAGCAGCGCGGGAGACGGACCCAGAGAAGGAGAGCUGGAGGACCUGCAUGAGGACGAGCCCUCCUCCUGAGAGCAGAGCUUUGCCCUUAACGCCGCCUGCUUCACAUUGAACCGCUGUGGCCAGCUGACUUUAUCCUCACAUUUCUUCAAAUCAGCAACACAAUAUACGUCUAAGGGUUUAUACAUUUGAAAUAUGAAAAAAACCAAACCCAAAAAACAAACUGAAAUAUGGCUUGUUUGAAAACUGGAAUGCUCAGGCAUGCUUCCCUUCUUGCUUCCUGUCAGCCCCAGAAUGCCUUUUCUUACUCAUUAUUUAUUUAUUUGUUUGAAAUCAUGACUCUUUUUCCAUUUGCACUCUGGAGCUUCAGGGACUCGAGUUUGAUCCACGUUGAACCCAGUUUUAACUGCAGACCCACCCACAGCUGAGACUGGUCUAAUGAGAGAGACUGGAUCGUUACCACUCAAAUCAAUGUUGCAGGAAAGGGCAUGCUAAUCGGUGGGCAUUGCACAUCAUGUGGGAAAGCAAAAAAAAAAACACGUCUGUUUACGUCUUAUAUGCAAGGUGAAUAACUGGGCCUCAUCAUCAGACUGUCUGCACAGCCUCAACCCCCCCUCCCACUGACUGCAGCAUGUAAAUGAUUUAGUGUUGUGUCUUCGGUGGACCACAGGGCUUUUAUUUACUGAUCGGAGAUCAGGUAUUUUAAUAUUGUACAUACUGUAGGUGUCUUUUGGUGUCUUUUGUGUUACUGUUGCAGCACUUUUCUCUCGUCUGUGCCAUUGGGAUCUUAAUAACGAAACAGGUUGUAUUCCCUCCUGAACUGCCUUCAUGGACCUCUGCUGGGACCGCGGGUCAGAUGCUGGAGCCGGGUCAACCAGAAGUGAUGUCGUUUUCUCUGCCUGAACACUCAUGUUUUACUCUCUCUACUGCAUGAUGUGCUAUGAUUUGAGAUUUAAUGUUUAUGCUAUUUUUUUUCCAGUGAAUCAUGCAUUGCAUGUUAAUAUUUUCUUUCUAUAUCAGUCAGCUAUUAGAUUUGAACACAAUUGGGAUGGAAAUUGGAACAUUAGCGCAUCUUGCUGGAUGGAGAGUGUAAACGUGUGAGAGGACGGCGGUUCUCUACACUCACAAUGACCCAGUUCUUUAUUUGAACAGGAUUUAAAUGACGUUGUUGGAUGAAAGAAAUUCCACAGAAAGUUUUCUUUUCUUCGACAGAUCCUUCAGAAAAGGGGCUUUUAAUCAUUUUAACCAUCUUUCGUUUUUAUGACAACGGUCUUUUGUGAGAUCCAUUUACAAAAAAAGGGAUCAAGUGGCAGUAAAUUUCUCAGGUGUGCACACGGGACCAGUCAUUUAAUGGCCUGUUAAAAGUCCAUAUGCAAAAGACUACAAUACUGCUGGUCAUUUUGUCCUCAGCUUUGUAGUAAAACACAACAGUUAAAGGAGAUUAGUUUUCUUUAUUUUUUUUUAGAAACAUACAGUUUCCUGAGGUUUUCUGGAAUGUCUGUGAUGUGUUUUUCAGAGAUACAAUCCAACAGCUCCCUUAUCAACCAUUUCUUCACUACUCCGUUGAUAGCGGCUGGUUUUAGGAGGUGGAGACAGCCACCACUUCACCUUGCUCAUCUGUGGAGGCCUUUUGAAAUAUCACAGCAAAUUAGUUAGGUGGAGAUCUACUGGAUCUACUCUGGAUUCUAAUCUGAUCUGGGUUUGUGAUGUCACAGUAUGCUGAAGGUCUGUAAGACUCACAGAUUUAAGUGGCCACAAAGUAAAAAGUUGGUAUUCUCUUCAGAAAUCUUCAGAUAUGCUUCUAAGUAUUUAUUUUUUCCUUAAAAGGUGCCCUUUAAAGUCAAAUUAAAGUCAUAUGAAAUCAUGCAGCAAUAUUGUGGGUAUUCCAAUGAAUGAUGGCCUUAACACUUUUUAAAUUACUUUAUACUAAGUCAAUUAUAAGAUAAGUUUCCAUCACUUCUCUUUACUAUAACUGCCAAUUUCACUUCAAACCUGCACAAUAAAUCUCUUAAUAUCGGUUUCUUAUUAAAAUAUUAAACAUGUA